AUGUUCCAGUCCUUCACCGGCAGCUCUCGUCGUCCGCGGCAGGUGAACCUCAGUGGCCGCUCCAACAAUCCUUUCGCUGCAUUCCCCGGUGGCUCACCGGCACGAUCGACCCCUCAUGCAUCGAAUCCUCAAAGUGCCGUCGCCAUUGCACAGCAAGAGCGUAUGCAACGGCAACGGGAGAGGGAGAAACAGAAUGCGUCUCGCGUGAUCCAGAGAACCUGGCGGGGCUACCGCAGCAAGUCAGGAACACAUCGGCUAUGGAGAUCAGAGUGGGAUAACAAUGAGCGGCAAAUGACGGAUGCCAUGGACUUGACGGUCGGUGUUGAAUCUUCCGCCGAUGAUGCGGCAUUCUCGUCCCGUCGCUCGACACCCUACGCUACGGGGGACCAAUGUUUGUCCCAGCUCAGGCUGCUGGUGCAAUUUGUGUCAUCCCGGAAGCGUGAUGACAUCUUACGCUUGGUAUACUUCGUCGAUGCCUUCGAACAGACGUUCAGGACACUUCCUACGAUCGCCGCAGAGGGGGAAUGGACAAAACUGCUCAAGCGCUUGGCAAUGGCGGUUCUCAGAGUCCUGAGCUCGGCGUCAAGAUCUCACGUCCCAAUAACUGCGAUUGAACCUUUGAUUAAAUCGGUCAUGUUCCUGUCCGGCCUAAUACCGAAACAAAUGGCAAACAUUGCACGUUCUUAUUACGAGGCGAUGGCAUACCUGACCAAGAACCUGUCUAAGUUGCACCUUGAACGACAACAAGCAGACUCCGUUCAAACAAACGAAGGUGUUAGUCCUGAACUCCUCCAGGAGGCGAUCCUCGCUCUUUUACGUCCGAUAACUUCGGAGACAAUGUCCGUAUAUGAAUCAUUCGCGACCUCAUACCUCACAAUCCAAGACCUCGAGAUUUAUCUGGGGAAGCUGGAUGGGCUGGCUAGUCAGAUGAACUAUAGGAUGCUGGCCUUGGCUGUCUCAGCAUGCCUUGCGGAAACCACACCAACACCUCGCGCCCUAAACGAUACAAAAUCUCGCACCUGGUUGCUGUCCUAUCUCAUCUUUUUCCAACGACAUGCCCUUGGCACGCACGCAAAUACCCAUACCCCAGAGCUGGAAUUUGUGACUGUGGUGUCGGAGUUGCUCACCUCAACAGCCACUUUCCUAAUGCAGGGCCUGGAAGUCGAAGACCCAAGUGAAGUGGACUUGCCUAAAGGUGUCCGUCCUUUGCAUCCAUUUAUCAAAGAGCAAGUGAGCAGUCUUGUCAAUCAAAGCAGCGUGACUGGGCUUCUAUCCCGCAUUCGCUCCCCUCGUCAGUCGCAAACGGGCUUGAUAACCCCAUCGGACGAGUCAAAGAAGGCACGAGUGCUUGCCACAUAUGCACUGAAUUUGCUCAGAAUAUUCCCACGACGCGGUGAUGAUAUUCGAAUGUGGCUUUAUCUGGGCUCUGCUCCGUCCGGAGAGCAAGUGCCUGGCCAGUUGGACGCAAAGAUUCCAGCCAUAAAAUUCUUCUGGCAGGCCUCUAGAUCGAGCCGGAUCUUCCAGGUGAUCAGCAGUGACUCGAACAAAGUACUUCCUCUACUGCUGUUAAGAGAACAGGCAAUAGAAUCCUUUGACAUGCCCCAAGACCAGAGAGAUCAAGAGUGGACAACUAUCCUGCUUUUCCUUGAACUCUACACUUUUGUAUUGAAAGUCAUGGACGAUGAUGAAUUUUUCUCUAGCACCUCCUCUUUCACCUCGUCUGAUAAUACGAAGAUUUCUUGGACGAGGGAAAGUGCCUUGCCACUGAAAGAUGUCGGGGACAUGACGAUAUUCCUGAAAAACCUCGCCUUCACUCUUUACUGGAAUGCAGUGGACCUAAGCGAACCAGAGCUUCGACCAACAGCUGUCAACCUCAGUAGCUAUUUCAACAGCGUUUCGCAAACACCCGGCUCCUCUGCCCCCGUGCCGAAUGCCGAGGAUCUUGAAUCUAAAGGACAGAAUAACUAUCUACCCGGAGUUACUGGGAUCCCAUUGGAGUAUUUCAAGGGUCUUGUUACGGGAUUGCUUCGGAUGUUACAUGAAAGAGAUUCACGACGGAAUUUCCUCCCCCCAGAUCACUGGCUUAUGACCAGCCGAUUCGAUAUGGAGGGUUUCAUUCCUGCUGUUGUCGGUGAAGAGGAGAGACGACAUGAAGUCCAAGCUCGGAUGGAAGACCCAGACGAAGCCGACGCGGUAGAUGAUGGAACGAACACACCAUAUGGUCUCGCCGGGGCUGGCCAUGCCCAGCAAACCAUCCGACUGGAAUCCCUGCGGCGUCAUCAGCAACGAGUAGCUCGAGGCAGAGUCCUUGCGGCUAUCGCACCAAGACUUGAAAUCCUGCGAAACAUGCCUUUCUUCAUUCCGUUUGCCACCCGCGUUCAGAUUUUCCGCCAAUUCAUCUAUCACGACCAACAUCGCCGCCGACACGGAUUUGUCGAGCCCGACUCGUGGCGUGCAUCUAUCGCGCAAGCCACUAUGGGGCAAAUGUCGUCUAAUGGCCAUCCAACGUUCCAGGAGAUCUUGGCUCGCCAUCAGGCAGAAAUUCGGAGAGAGCAUGUAUUCGAUGAUGCGCUGUCCCAGUUCUACCAACUGGGCGACGGCCUCAAGGAGCCGAUCCAAAUCAGCUUCAUCGAUAAAUUCGGGGCCAUGGAGGCGGGCAUUGAUGGUGGUGGAGUCACCAAAGAAUUCCUGACAAGCAUUACCACAGAGGCAUUCAAGACUGAGAGCGCCUUGGACAUGUUUUCUGAAAAUGACCAGCACUUGCUGUACCCGAAUCCGACGGCCGUCGCACAAUGUAUCGAGGAAUACAACGACAAGUGCAGAAAGAGCGGGAUGCCCGAAUCGAGUUCCGAAAGCUCGGGACACGUUCGUGAAUUGCUGCGUCGAUAUGAGUUCCUUGGCCGAGUAAUUGGAAAGUGUCUAUAUGAAGGAAUCCUCAUCGAUGUGAACUUUGCACCCUUUUUCUUGUUGAAGUGGGCUUUGACGGGGGGUACGGGGUCAGCCAUGAGAGAGUCGUCAUACCGGGCCAAUUUGAACGAUCUCAAGGACCUGGACCGAGGUUUGUACCAAGGACUGUUGCAAUUGAAGAACUAUACUGGAGACGUGGAGGACUUCUCGUUGGACUUUACCGUUACCGACACGAUCCCAAUGUCUGAUUCUCCGAAUCGAACGGUGACGAAGGAUCUGCGGUACAAUGGCUCGCAGAUACCCGUGACAAACCAGAACCGUCUGGUAUACAUAUCCUACAUUGCUCGAUACCGUCUCCAGGUGCAACCUUCGAUGCAGACCAACGCCUUUUUACAAGGCCUGGGCCAAAUCAUCCAGCCAGCCUGGCUAUCCAUGUUCAACCAGGCCGAGCUGCAGACGUUAGUGGGUGGCGAGACUGGUGAUAUUAACGUGGAGGAUCUGCGGAAGAACACCCAGUAUGGUGGGGUGUACGUGAUUGGCGAUGACAAUGAGGAACACCCGACGAUCAAGCUGUUCUGGAAGGUGAUGCACGAAAUGAACAACCAGGAACGGCAGAAGGUUGUGCGAUUUGUGACCUCGACACCUCGUGCACCGCUGCUCGGGUUCAGCCACUUGCGUCCUCGUUUUAGUAUUCGGGACUCUACUGAUGAUGAGGAGCGAUUGCCGAGUACUAGUACGUGUGUGAAUCUGUUGAAACUUCCACGGUAUUCAACAGCGGAUGGGCUACGAAAGAAGCUGUUGUACGCGGUGAGCUCGGGAGCUGGUUUCGAUUUGAGUUAG